AUGUCCUCCCUCUCAGAUUAUGUCGAUUUCUCCCAAAAAAGCCUACAUUUGGCUGCCGUCGCCAUAGCGUUCAAUCCCAUCUUCUGGAACAUCGUCGCCCGUCAAGAAUACCGCAACCACUUCCUAACCCGCAUCUUCGGCAGUGCCUACAACGGCUGCUACGCCCUCGCCUUCGCCAUCUUCUCCCUCGGCAUAUUCCGCGACCACCUCUACAACCAGGCGCUGGCCGACCAACCUUUCUACCAGCCCGUCACCCAGCCGUAUCUCGCCUAUGGCCUCUUUGCCGCGGGGAACACGCUCGUGCUCUCCAGCAUGUGGGCCCUGGGCCUCACGGGCACGUAUCUGGGCGAUUACUUUGGGAUCCUGAUGGAUGCGCCUGUGACCGGGUUCCCCUUCAAUGUCACUGGUUCGCCAAUGUACUGGGGUAGCACCAUGAGCUUUUUGGCCGUGGCGUUGUAUAAAGGGAAAGUGGCCGGUUUGCUACUGACGCUUGAGGUGUUUGUGUGCUACUGGAUUGCAUUGAAGUGGGAAGAUCCCUUCACCGCCGAAAUCUACGCACAGCGCGAACGAGACCGCGCCAAGUCCAAGAAAGGCGGCAAGCGCGCUUGA